CGCCUCUCAAAGAAACCUUUCUUUCUCUCUCUUCACAUUGCCCUCUCCCUCUAUAUAUCUCUUUCUAUCUCUUUUUUAUCUCUGUCCCCUCUCUCUCUUCGUUUUCUCUCUCCUCUCUCUCGCUGUCUAUUAUGUUGCAGAGACAUUGGUUUUCUCCAUAGGCUCUCAUGCCCGAGAAUCAUGCGAUUUCCAAAAGUUUUGCAGGUUUCCAAAGAGUUUUUCCGGCGUCUAUGAACCUCUGGUUUUUGAGAUGAGAUACCAGAGAGUUAGUCCCGACUGUCUCCAUUUAAGCAACGGGAGAAAACCCAGCCUAAGAAUAUGCAAGGAAGAUGACAUAGAAGGUUCAAAUGGUAAUAAUGGCAAGAUCCAAACCUACAAUCACAACCCACUUAAUGGAUUUCCAAGAAUCAGAACGACACCAUCCUCAACCAGCCAAGACCAUAACUAUGCCCCCUCUGUCUCUGAGACCCCUCAAACUGAGAAUAACCACGACAACAACAACAAUAAUAACAAUGUCGGCAAGACCCAUGCACUUGAAAAUAAUAUGGGGGGAGAUAUUAUUUUGCAAUGGGGCCAAAACAAGAGGUCUCGAGGUUUUAGAUCAGAGAAUAGAGUUUUAGGAGAUGAGUCCUCAACUCAAGCGAGGCAAGCUGUGAAAAUUCCGAGGAGGGUGGUGGGGCCCGAGAAGUUGCAGAGUCAUGGAGCCCACCAGACUCAAGUGAAUUCUUACUCGAGGAACACGAACCUUAGGCCAUGCACCCCUGUUCGUGAGCCUCCUACUGGAUCGAUAAUCUACAGGAAUUUAGAAGAACAGUCUGGUUCGGGCCACCCCAAGGGAAUCAAUGUUUUCCAAUCUGGAACUAGUAAUAACAGCGGUGGGCGAUUUUUACAGAGGGUUGGAGACAACAACAAACGUUCUCCAGAAAAACCAGACAAAGCAGGAGUAGCUUCUUGCCCACCUCCUUCUACUACCAUGAAUAAUAAUAAUAGUAAUCAUUACAAUUCAUCAUCUCCAAAGAACAAUAACAACAAUGAUCAUCAUCAAGAGAUCACUGUAGCAGAGCAUGAGCCCUGUGUGGCCUUUGAGAAAUUAAAUCUCGAGCUCUUUGAGUGGCCAAAAAUCUACAUCUCUCUGUCGAGGAAAGAGAAAGAGGAUGAUUUCCUUGCUAUUAAGGGAACCAAGCUUCCACAGAGACCCAAGAAGAGGGCCAAGAAUGUUGAUAAGACCCUCCAGUACUGCUUUCCUGGGAUGUGGCUUUCUGAGUUGGGCAGAGGUCGUUAUGAAGUUAGAGAGAAGAAAUGCGUGAAGAAGAGAAGAAGAGGUUUGAAGGGGUUGGAAAGCAUGGAAAGCGACUCUGAGUAAAAAAAACCACCGAAAUGUUUGUUAUUUGUGCGAGUCGGGCCCCGCCUUCUCUUCCUCUCUCUCUCUCUCUACAAUUUUCAAAGGGGAAUCUUUCAUUGCCUCAUGUACAAAAUGCAGCUGAUCAAUAUAUCAGAAAUAUUUUCUCCUAUCAUCA